AUGUUGUCCUUCCUCUAUCGCAAAUGUUGUGAAGCAAUUAUUCUUCUCGAUAUUAUUUGGUAUCAAAUAAGACACAUUCCAUGGUUUUUGAGAAAUGAAUUUCAUGUGUUUCAAGAUAUUACCACGAAUCAUCAUGAAUUUCAUUCCUCUCAUGUGAAAAUUUCCAAAAUUUAUCGAAUUUUUAAUCUUGUGAGAAAUUUCAUCUUCCAUUUGGUUCGAGCCAUAUUUGGAGCAUCUUCACAUUCCGAUGCAUCUUCUAAUAAUUUUAUUUUGAAUUAUGGAAUGAGAUAUGCAGAUCAACGUGAUCGACAAACUUUGAAUGAAUAUAUUCCAAUGAAAGUAAGGCAGGAAAAUUUGGAAGGAAAGAAAUUUGAAAAGUGUCGAGUGGUGAUUUUUCUACAUGGUGGUACUUGGCACAGUGGACAUGCAGAUCUCUACCAUAACUUUUCCAAAUUUGUGUGUCAACAAAAUGGUCAUUUAUGCUACAAUUUGAAUUACACACUAUUUCCAAAAGGUCACCUGGAAGAAAUGAUUGAAGAUGUCGAUCGAGGAGUUGAUUUUGUAAUGAAACGUGCAAAGUUACUCGUCGAAGAGCCGGAAUUUAUUCUCGUUGGACACUCUGCAGGUGCUCAUUUAUUUUCCUGUGUGUUCAUGAAUAAGAUUUCCAAAUCGAUCGAUUAUGAACCCACCGAUUGGAAUAUUCAUCAAGUGAAAAAACUUGUCUUGUUGUGUGGAGUUUAUGAUAUGGUCACUCAUUAUGAAUAUGAAAAGAAGAGACAAGUUCACAUUAUUUCACCCAUGUGGAAAGUGUGUAAAGGAACUGAAAGGUUUUCACUUUUUUCACCUUCCUUAAUUAUUGAUUUUUUAAAAAAGGAAAAUAGUGAUGAGAAUUUGAAAAAUCUAUUUUCACAAUGGCCACACACAGUCAUUGCUCAUGGAAAGAAGGAUAUUACCUGUCCCUAUGUACAAUCUGAAUCAUUUUAUCAAAAACUUUCAGAAUUGUCUAAAAAUGUUCAAUUUCACUUACUCGAAUCGUUUUAUCAUGGAGAUUUAAUUACAAAUUUUAUGGGAAUUGAAAAUGAUAGUGAAAAGAGAGAUCAAAUUUGGAAUUUAAUUAUUUCAGAAGUGGAAACGGAAUAA